AUUUAAACAGGGAUUGGUGUAUGUGGAGAAAACACACACUGGCCAGGUACACAAUGAUUUGCGGGGAGUGCGUGUUUCAGCCUUGAACGACAACGCUCUUACGUUACCGAUGGUGAACUUCAACGUCAGUUGGUCUUCGUGAGUCGUGGUGGUAGUCACGAUAAUUCGUCCGUCCGGAGCUGAUACAAAAAAAGAUUAAAAAUAUGGCGAAGCAGCAGUUUGAGCUGGGAUCCAGCACUCACGGUUCAGCUGCACCUGGCAGCUUCAGGCUCAAACUGCCACAGAUUCUGGCAAACGUGGCUGCGAACCUACUGAUACUCGAUCUCUGCAUGGCUAUUGCUUUUACCACAGUCCUCAUCGCCGCGACGCUCAACGCCGAGAAUGACCUCAGUAUCAACGAGAAUGAAGCUUCAUGGCUCGGAAGCAUCGCAUUUAUCUGCCAGCCUAUAGGCAGUCUGAUGUCAGGAUUCAUCGUGGAGUUUUUCGGUCGCAAGUGGUCCAUGAUCCUCGUAAAUAUCCCCUUCUUAUUGGGCUGGCUGCUGUACUGCUUUUCGAGCUCAAUUACCAUGCUGUUUACCGCUAAUAUCAUCCUUGGGAUGGGGAUCGGUUUCAUGGAGGCACCGAUUAUGACGUACCUGGGCGAGACUUGCCAACCUCACCUUAGGGCCACCAUAACCUCAUUCCCAGGUGUAACGUGCCAGGUCAGCGUUUUCGUGGUUUUUCUCAUGGGCAACAUCACAGACUGGAGAAGUGUGGCCGGUAUUAACGCAGCGUUGCCAAUUUUCACCAUCUGUUACGUGGUGUUGAUGCCGGAGACUCCAAUAUGGCUGCUGUCACGUGGUCGGUACGAUGACGCACUGCGUUCCCUGUGUUGGCUACGUGGCUGGACGACGCCUGACGAUGUCAGGGAAGAGUUCAACCAGCUCGUAGUGUACAGUAAUGCCGUGAACAAGACAAAUUUCCCCGUCGACAAAGUUGGCUCCACUGUGGUGAAUAACCAGACCAGAACUGAAGAGAUAUCAGACCCCACAGUGGACUCAAGUUACGAGAACAAGGGUUUCGAACCCGAUGCUUCGGCCAAGGACGACGUACAUCACAGGAAAAUCGCAGUGCCAGAUUCUCAGGACGAGCUGCAUGACGAAGAUGGCGGAGAUCACUGCGGCCUCGAAAGGUGGAAGGAGAUUCUGAAACCUCAGACGCUGCGCCCGCUGAUGGUCGUUAACCCCUCCUUCUUUUUGCUGCACUGGGGAGGACUGUCGUCCAUCAAGCCAUACCUGGUGCACGUAUUCCAGGAAUUCGGCGUUGGAGAGGUUUCCUCGUGGGCAACGGUAGGGUCGGGUGUGGCCAGCGUCGCUGGAGGAGUUACUCUCUUCGUUCUUGUAAACUGGGCAGGAAAGAAGAAGUUGGCGCUCACGGCCUUAGCCGGCAGUGCAGUGUGCUGCCUUAUCAUUGCUAUCUAUAGUUACGUGGUGCUGGUGUCAGAUGCCGCUACUGUGCAGGCGAUGCCCUGGAUUCCUCUCACGAUGGUCAUCGUGUUGGCGUUCUUUAACAGCCUGUAUUUCUACAUCCCCUGGAACUGGCUAAGUGAACUAUUUCCCUUCAGGACACGUGGUAUCUCCAGCGGAUUUUCAGCCGCCAUGUGCUACGUAUUUCUCUUUGCUGCUUCCAAGGUUUACCUGGACAUGGAGCAAAGCCUUCAGAUGUACGGAUCCUUCCUGAUAUUCACCGCUGUCAAUGUCCUAGGCUGUUUCUUCAUCUACUGGAAAGUUCCAAACACAGAGGGGAAGUCCCUCGUGGAAAUAGAGCAAUACUUCAGAAGCACCCUUACGAUAUGGCAGAGAGGUGUAGUCUCAACGAUGCAGGUGACAAUGCACCCGGGGAGGACCAAAUCGCCUCCAAACCGAGUGUCUUCAGAACCAGAUUUCCUCAGGAGGUGGCACGUGUUCCAGGUUCUGGCUAACGUAGCAAUCCAGAUGCUGGUCCUUGAUCUCUGCAUGUCGUUCGCCUUCACAACGAUCGUAAUUGCGGCACUGCUAGAUGCCAACGAGGAUCAAGAUCUGUCGAUCAACAGCAGCGAAGCGUCAUGGCUCGGAAGCAUCGCUUACAUCUGCCAGCCACUGGGUAGCGUAAUUUCCGGUAUGAUCGUUGAAUUCUUCGGUCGAAAAUGGUCCAUGAUCAUAGUAAACGCGCCUUUCCUGCUGGGCUGGGUUCUCUACAGUGUGUCAAGUUCCUUGACGGCGCUGUACGUCACAAACGUCAUCCUCGGCAUAGGGAUCGGCUUCAUGGAAGCCCCGAUCAUGACCUAUGUCGCCGAGACGUGCCAGCCCGACCUGAGAGCUGUCCUCACUUCCCUUCCAGGUGUGGAUCUCUACUUUAUCGCGUCCCUUCCUGUAAUCACCGCCCUCUAUGUCACGCAGAUGCCAGAGACGCCAAUAUGGCUGCUGUCACGUGGUCGGUACGAGGACGCGGAGCGCGCCUUAUGUUGGCUUCGGGGCUGGGUGACGCCUGACGUCGUCAGGGAAGAGUUCAACCAGCUCGUCAUGUACAACGCAAAAAACAGGGAUAAUCCUGCCACAGCUCCCAUGAUACAGCUCACCACUCUGCCCAGACCGCGAGACGACAAAGGGGAUAUUACAGGAAGCUACAUCGACAAUGAGCUUCACGGUGACGUAACCGGCGCAGACCAUCACACUGAAGCACAGAUGUCCAGCACAACUCCUCCGGACGAUGACGACUCAUCCCACUGCAGCUUUGGCAGGUGGAGGGAAAUGCUACGUCCCUCCACCCUGCGCCCCCUCAUGCUGGUUGUCCCGUACUUCCUGAUACAGCAGUUCUCAGGAAUGGCGAGCAUCAGGCCGUACAUGGUGCAUGUCUUCAGGAAGUUCGGCCUGGACGAUGCUGCGGUGUGGACCACGGUCGGCUCUGCAGUUAUCGGCAUUAUCGGCGCAGUGUGCCUGGUUUCGACUGUCAACUGGCUCGGGAAGAGGUUCUUGUCCUUGGUGGCCCUGGCAGGGAACGGCGUCUCCUGUCUGCUCCUAGGGGUGUACAGCUAUGUGGUGCUGAGGCCAGGUGGGGCGACCCAGUACGAGGCGGCGUGGCUUCCUCUCUCCCUGAUCGUCGUCCUGUCUUUCUGCAGCAGCGUAAUGUUCGAGGUUCCUUGGAUGAUGCUUAGCGAAGUCUUCCCGUUCAGAACUCGAGGGAUCGCGAGCGGCUUCUCAGCGGCCAUGUGCUAUGUCUUUCUGUUCGUGUCCUCGAAGACGUACCUUGACAUGGAGCAGUCACUGCACAUCCACGGGGCGUUCUUGCUGUUCGCUGCUGUCAACGCGGUUGGAUUCAUCUUUGUGUACUACAGAAUGCCCCGAAUGGAGGGCAGGUCUCUAGCAGAGAUUGAAGAUUAUUUCAGCGGGCAGAAUAAAAAGGGUUUCUUACGCAAAUAAAAUUCCGCUAGAGGGAAAAUCCCAUGUGUUUCAUAAAAUAUGGAAAUAAGUUUGAAAUUAUAACGUUAGCCAUAGAGUUGUAUAAAAUAGGCCACGAUACUGUCCUUCGUCGUCGUAUGCUGAUGAAUGAAGGGCAAAUAAAAAUUACUUUUUACUGUC